AUGAAUGUAAUAAGAAAUCUUAGGUGCUGGCUUAAGGCCGGUAGCAACCACUACAGAAUAUCCGGUCAGAACAACGAUGAGGCGGAUAUCCAGGUUAAGGGGAGUUUAAUGGAAGAAGAUGUCCACAUUCACACAUCACAUACACAUCUGACCACCCAUGGUUCAGAUAACUGAGAAUCAUGUCCAGUGAGAACUGACAUUAACUAUGUGGUUCUGAAAGGAAAGCGGAGAAAGAAAACUUAGGCAAUAGCACUGCUAUAAUAUGAAUGACAUGGCUGUAUAUGCUAGCACAGGUAAGUAUAAAACACCAAGGGCUAUACACUGCAGCAGGCAUAAGGCCUAGUCCCAUGGCAAUAGACUAAACAACCUAUUGGACUUGUACACAUGAAACUCAGGCAAAUGUGCUCAAAUAAACAUUACAGUAAUGUUGAAAUGUAUACAUAAUAUAAAUACAAUGAGCAUGAGUGAUAUAUAUAUAUAUAUAUAUAUAUAUAAUAGAAAAUAGCCUAGCACCAUAAAGGAGAAAUGCUAAUAAACUGGUAAUCGCUAACAGUCAUGCUAAAAUGCUCAUGCAUUCCAAUGCUAGGGGAGCGCGAGCUAGCUAACAAACUUAACACACAGUAAUUAUACACAAUAGACCACAAGACUUAGCUCCACAUAAUAUGACACACAAGGAGGAAAAGUUCAGCAGGAGGGAAACUGUGGAAAUGCUCAUCAGGAUGGGGAAAGCACGUUUCUGACCACACAGUGUGCUGGGGUCAUAGACUAAUUGAAACCGAAGUUCCUGGAAUCAAGGCCACUGAUAGGCUGAAUGAGAUUUGGUGAUAAGUAUUUGGUGUGACUUUGACAGAUAAGACACUAACAAAAGUGGGGGUCCUCUGAAUGGGAGAAUGAGCUGUCCGACUAGAACUAACCAGAUGGGAUGGCUAGAAUCAGCUGACUGAAGCUGGCCAUUUUAACAAUAUCUAAACGCAUAAUUGAGACAUAAUUAAUUGAAGUUUGAAUAUUUGACAUUUUGGCCUUACCCACGCCUCCUUUAAGAAUCCAGAAUGUUUCAUCUGAAUCGGCUACAAAGCAAAAAUGGGUGUCAUAUGAAGCUUUACCGCUUGCUCUGAAAUAUUAGUAGUAUUUUUCCAUUUAAAUAACCAUUUCUUUAAAUUAAUUUGAGGUAAUGAAAUGUAUAAACAUGAAUAUAGAAAGUAUACACAUUUUCAUUUGGCAAAUUGUUCUAUAUAUUGUUGAACAUAAUAUACUCUACAGCAUAUCAGUGUUCCAGAGUGGGAUCUCUGUUACUUUUAGAGUUGUGUUUAAAUUUGUAAGCAUUACCAACAGCGUGAAUAUAACAUUUGAUUCACUCUGCUGGUGAUUUGUAGGAUGUGCAAUGAUACAAGUAAAAGGAGGGCUGUGAUUGGUUACAUUGCCUACUAUGCCAAUUUCUCUGUUUAAAAUGGGCCAUAACUUUAAAAGUAGCAGAGAGCGAACUCUGGAACUUUGAUUUGCCCGUAGAGUAUAUUAUGUUCAACAAUAUCUAUAGAAAAAUAAAAAAAUGGCAUAUUUUGAAUAUUCAUGUUUAUAUUUUUCAGUGUUAAUAAAUUAAUGUACAAAAAUUGUUGUUGAAAGCAAAAUACUACUGAUUUUACAGAGCAAGCGAUAAACCUUCAUAUGACACCAAUUUCUGCUUUGUGGCUCCUACAGAUGAAACAUUAUGGAGUCUUAAAGGAGGCAUGGGUAAGGCCAAGAUGUCAUAAAUAUGCCAACUUUGAUUAAUAAUUUCUCAAUUAUGCUUUUAGAUAUAAAUGUCAAAUAUAUGUCAACAAUCCUUUCUCCAAAGGAACAUUCUAUGGAUGACAUUUUGUGAAAAUCUCAAAAACCAUGGUAUUUUCUUGUCCUGGUUUCGUGAGGAAUAACCCUUAUGUUACUGUCUCAAGUUUCACUCACUCACACCUUGAUACUGCAGCCACCCCUCUCUCAUACAUUCUGUUCUCUCUCACUUUUCCCUCCCUGUUUGUCUUUUCUGUUCCUCUUCCUUAUUCUUUCUCUCCCUGCACUCUAUAAUUAAAGAGGUUUAUCACUCUGUAAUCAGCAGACUUCAAUAUGUGACACAAGAUGGUAUAUUUAUCAGAUUGUAGAUUUACACAGUAAAAAGUAAAUUGGUUAUAGCCUGGUCCCAGAUCUGUUUGUGCUCUUGCGAACUACAUUGCUGUCAUUGUCAAGUGAAGUUUGGCAUGACAAUGAUUUACAGAGAGUUGGCAUGAUGGCACAAACACUCAGGCUAAGGCAGUGGCGGACGCCAAGCUCUCAAUAUCAAGUUUCGCAUGGACCCCCUAGUCAUUUAAUGUGGGGCCAAUCAUUUGUACACCGUACAUCAUUAGUCAAUCGUGUUGUUCUCAAUAUACCUCAUGCUAUUAGACACUGAAAGAUGGACCUACAAGUGAUUUGCAUAACAAAACAUCCCAGUCAUGGUUCUUCGUAAUUAUAUAUUUUUUAAUACCCAAACAUUUAUGAUGACAAAUCUAUUUGGUUCACAUAACAAACCUCACUGAACAGUUACAAAAAAAAAUUUUUGUGUGUGCAAAGAGUGCUAGGAAAUAAGCAAAUACUGUCCAAUGAUAUUGUAGCAAGGAUUUGGAGGUGUGGCUUAUUGGGGGUGCGUGGCUUUCAGUUAGUUAUUUUUGGCCACCUGUAAGUGUGAAUGUCUUUCUAGUUCACCUGGUCUGUUGACUUUCAGUUGCUCUUCUGAUUUACAUUGGGGGCUCACUGUUAAAUCUAGCACAGGGGCCUGUGACGAUGUAGUUACGCCACAGGGCUAAGGAGUUUGUGUUAGUAAAUUAAUCAUCUUUCAUAUAAUUUUUUGAAGGAUGAAAGCAUCCCAAGAAGAGGGAGACUUCAGAAAAGGUAGAUUAUUGUGUUUUUUAGUUUUGGGUUGUGAAUUAAAUUUGUAUAUAUACAGUGCAUUUGGAAAGUAUUCAGACCGCUUCCCCUUUUCCACAUUUUGUUACGUUACAGCCUUAUUCUAAAAUUGAUUUAAUUAGACAUUUUUGCACAUUUAUUAAAAAUCAAAACCAGAUACCUUAUUUACAUAACUAUUCAGACCCUUUGCUAUGAGACUCGAAAAUUCAGACCCUUUGCUAUGAGACUCUAAAUUGAGCUCAGGUGCAUCCUGUUUCCAUUGAUCAUGCUUGAGAUGUUUCUACAACUUGAUUUGGAGUUCACCUGUGGUAAAUUCAAUUGAUUGGACAUUAUUUGGAAAAGCACACACCUGUCUAUAUAAGAUCCCACAGUUGACAGUGCAUGUCAGAGCAAAAACCAAGCCAUGAGGUCGAAGGAAUUGACGUAGAGCUCCGAGACAGGAUUGUGUCUAGGCACAGAUCUGGGGAAGGGUACCAAAAAUGUCUGCAGCAUUGGAAGUCCCCAAGAACACAGUGGCCUCCAUCAUUCUUAAAUCGAAGAAGUUUGGAACCACCAAGACUCUUCCUAGAGCUGGCCGCCCGGCCAAACUGUGCAAUCAGGGGAGAAGGGCCUUGGUCAGGGAGGUGACCAAGAACCUGAUGGUCACUCUGAUAGAGCUCCAGAGUUGCUCUGUGGAGAUGGGAGAACCUUCCAGAAGGACAACCAUCUCCGCAGCACUCCACCAAUCAGGCCUUUAUGGUAGAGUGGCCAGACGGAAGCCACUCCUAACUAAAAUGCACAUGACAGCCCGCUUGGAGUUUGCCAAAAGGCACCUAAAGGACUCUCAGACCAUGAGAAACAAGAUUCUCUGGUCUGAUGAAACCAAGAUUGAACUCUUUGGCCUGAAUGCCAAGCAUCACGUCUGGAGGAAACCAGGCACCAUCCCUACGGUGAAGCAUGGAAGUGGCAGCAUCAUGCUGUGGGGAUGUUUUUCAGCGGCAGGGAGACUAGUCAGCAUCGAGGGAAAGAUGAACGGAGUAAAGUACAGAGAGAUCCUUGAUGAAAACCUGCUCCAGAGCACUCUGGACCUCAGACUGGGGCGAAGGACAACGACCCUAAGCACACAGCCAAGACAACGCAGGAGUGGCUUCGGGACAAGUCUCUGAAUGUCCUUGAGUGGCCCAGCCAGAGUAAAGUGUCUGAAUACUUAUGUAAAUGUGAUAUUUCCGGGUUUCUUUUUUUUUUGUUUGAGUUUUUUUAAUAAAUGUGCAAAAAAUUCUAAAAACCUGUUUUUGCUUUGUCAUUAUGGGGUAUGGUGUGUAGAUUGAGGAAAAAAAACAAUUUGAUCCAUUUUAGAAUAAGGCUGUAACGUAACAAAAUGUGGAAAAAGUCAAGGGGUCCGAAUGCACUGUAGAUUGGAUGUGAUCAUAUGGAAGUUUCAUUGCAAACAUCUUUCAAAGUAAUAAUUCAGUCUUCCAUCCUCCAUAACAGAGAGAGCUUUGCUCUGGUCAAAGGGGCCGUCCUUCUCCUGGAAGAGGGAGAGAGGGAGGGGCCACAUGAAGAGACAUCGCCCAAUCACUCACUUUCACCCCUGAAGCUGGGGGGCGGAGCUUCAGACACACAGCACAGACAGCUGCACGCCAUGGUGUCACUACUAAGACCAGAGGACACUAUCAAACUGGUGAGACCUGUCAGCAGUCACAUGCCCAGAGGUAGAAUGUAUAGAAUAAGCAUACAAUGGAUAGGACAGGCAUUGUGUGAAGGACUGGGUUUAAACUUGGGUCAUCUGCAGUCUGCACACCACAACACUGUGUUUGUGCUUAGAUAAUGCCUGGGCAUCAGCAAGUCUUCAGGUCUCAGGCAAGGUUACUCAUCACUGUUGCGUGGUUCACCAAACCACCUCUGUUACAACACAUUUACAUUUUAGUCAUUUAGCAGACGCUCUUAUCCAGAGCGACUUACAGUUAGUGAGUGCAUAAUUUUUUAUUGUUUUAUUUUUUCAUACUGGCCCAAUUGAACCCACAACCCUGGCGUUGCAAGCGCCAUGCUCUACCAACUGAGCUACACAGGGCCCAUAGCAUGACUAGAACAGGCGUGAUGCCUGGAGCACUGAGUAAUGUCAUGUUAAAAGCUUCUACUAAUGGGUCACAUUCAUGUAAUCCUUUUCACUAGGUCUCAAAGUGCCUUUACAUUAUAGAAAGGAUGGUAACUCACCCUUAAACACCUCCAACAUGUAACAUCCUAGCCUGGUGGUCCCAGAUCUGUUUGUGUUCUUGCCAACUCCAUUACUCAUUAUCAAACCCAAACCUGUUUGGCAUGACAAGGUGUUGGCACGAUAGCACACCAGACUCAGGCUAGUAACAUCCACCUACACAUAUAGUACCAGUCAAAAGUUUGGACACACCUACUCAUUCAAGGGUUUUUCUUUAUUUUUACAUUGUAGAAUAAUAGUGAAGACAUCAAAACUAUGAAAUAACACAUAUGGAAUCAUGUAGUAACCAAUAAAGUGUUAAACAAAUCGAAAUAUAUUUUAUACUUGAGAUUCUUCAAAUAGCCACCCAUUGCCUUGAUGACAGCUUUGCACACUCUUGGCAUUCUCGCAACCAGCUUCACCUGGAAUGCUUUUCCAACAGUCUUGAAGGAGUUCCCAUAUAUGCUGAGCACUUGUUGGCUGCUUUUCCUUCACUCUGCGGUCCGACUCAUCCCAAACCAUCUCAAUUGGGUUGAGGUCAGGGGAUUGUGGAGGCCAGGUCAUCUGAUGCAGCACUCCAUCACUCUCCUUCUUGGUAAAAUAGCCCUUACACAGCCUGGAGGAGUGUUGGGUCAUUGUCCUGUUGAAAAACAAAUGAUAGUCCCACUAAGCCCAAACCAGAUGGGAUGGCGUAUCGCUGCAGAAUGCUGUGGUAGCCAUGCUGGUUAAGUGUGCCUUGAAUUCUAAAUAAAUCACAGACAGUGUCACCAGCAAAGCACCCCCACAUCAUAACACCUCCUCCUCCAUGCUUUAUGGUGGGAACUACACAUGCAGAGAUAAUCCGUUCACCCACACCGUGUCUCACAAUGACACGGCAGUUGGAACCAAAAAUCUCCAAUUUGGACUCCAGACCAAAGGACACAUUUCCACCGGUCUAAUGUCCAUUGCUCAUGUUUCUUGGCCCAAGCAGGUCUCUUCUUCUUAUUGGUGUCCUUUAGUAGUGGUUUCUUUGCAGCAAUUCGACCAUGAAGGCCUGAUUCACACAGUCCCCUCUGAACAGUUGAUGUUGAGAUGCGUCUGUUACUUGAACUCUGUGAAGCAUUUAUUUGGCCUGCAAUUUCUGAGGCUGGUAACUCUAAUGAACUUAUCCUCUGCAGCAGAGGUAACUCUGGGUCUUCCAUUCCUGUGGCGGUCCUCAUGAGAGCCAGUUUCAUCAUAGCACUUGAUGGUUUUUGCGACUGCACUUGAAGAAACUUUCAAAGUUCUUGAAAUGUUCCGUAUUGACUGACCUUCAUGUCUUAAAGUAAUGAUGGACUGUCAUUUCUCUUUGCUUAUUUGAGCUGUUCUUGCCAUAAUAUGGACUUGGUCUUUUACCAAAUAGGGCUAUCUUCUGUAUACCACCCCUACCUUGUCACAACACAACUGAUUGGCUCAAACGCAUUAAGAAGGAAAGAAAUUCCACAAAUUAACUUUUACAAAGGUACACCUGUUAAUUGAAAUGCAUUCCAGGUGACUACCUCAUGAAGCUGGUUAAGAGAAUGCCAAGAAUGCCAAGAGUGUGGCCAAUAUGGCCUCCCGAGUGGCGCAGCUGUGCCACUAGAGAUCCUGGUUCGAAUCCAGGCUCUGUCGUAGCCGGCCGCGAACGGGAGAUCCAUUGGGUUGACGCACAUUUGACCCAGCGUCGUCCAGGGUAGGGGAGGGAAUGGCCGGCAGGGAUGUAGCUCGGUUGGUAGAGCAUGGCGUUUGCAACGCCAGGGUUUGGUUCGAUUCCAACGGGGGGCCAGUAUGAAAAAUAUAAAUGUAUGCACUCACUUAACUGUAAGUCGCUCUGGAUAAGAGCGUCUGCUAAAUGACUAAAUAAAAAAAUAAUAUUGCAGUUUAGGCGCAAUUUAGAUUUCGGCCACUAGAUGACAGCAGUGUGUGUGCAAAGUUUCAGAUUGAUCCAGUGAAGCAUUUCAAUACUGGACUAUUUUGUAUCAAGUAUGCCCAAAUAUGCCGAAUUGGUCAAUUGAUACAUUUUCAAGUACAUAACUAUAGAGAACAUACAAAAAUGAUAUGGUAAUACAAAAUGUAAGUUUAUACACUCCCAGGAAUGUCAUACAUGAUGGAUCAUUAGCUUAUACACUAACUUUCACACAUCUAGAUGGCCGGGCGGGGGGUGGGUGUGGAGCCAGAGACAGGAGGGGUUCAAACUGUAGAACCCAGUUCCUACAUUUGAAAUAUACAAAUUGAUUUUAUCAAACAAAACUAUGACAAAUCAGAGCAAGAUUACUGAAUGUAAGUACAUUAUAUACCUUCAGAGGUGAAUGUAUCAAACCAGUUGCCAUAAUACGUUUUUUGUUGUCGUGCACUCUCCUCAAACAAUAGCAUGUUAUUGUUUCACUGUAAUAGCUACUGUACAUUGGACAGUGCAGUUAGAUUAACAAGAAUUUAAGCUUUCUGCCCAUAUAAGACAUGUCUAUGUCCUGGAAAGUUUGCUGUUACUUACAACAGUCAUGCUAAUCACAUUAGCACACGUUAGCUCAACCGUCCCGUAUACGGAACACCGAUCCCGUAAAGGGUAAACAGCAUGAUCAUUGCACAAGUGCACCUUGUGCUGGGGACAAUAAAAGGCCAUUAAAUGUGCAGUUUUGUCACACAACACAAUGCCACAGAUGUCUCAAGUUUUGAGGGAGCGCGCAAUUGACAUGUUGACUGCCGGAAUGUCCACCAGAGCUGUUGCCAGAUAAUUGAAUGUUCAUUUCUCUACCAUAAGCUGCCUCCAACAACGUUUUAGAGAAUUUGGCAGUACGUCCAAUCGGCCUCACAACCGCAGACCACGUGUAACCACGCCAGCCCAGGACCACAUCCGGCUUCUUCAACUGCAGGAUCGUCUGAGACCAGCCACCCGGACAGCUGAUGAAACUGUGUUUGCACAACCGAAUAAUUUAUACACACACUCAGGGAAGCUCAUCUGCAUGUUCGUCGUCCUCACCAGGAUCUUGACCUGACUGCAGUUCAGCGUCGUAACCGACUGCAGUGGGCAUAUGCUCACCUUCGAUGGACACUAGCACACUGGAGAAGUGUGCUCUUCACAGAUGAAUCCCGGUUUCAACGGUACCGGGCAGAUGGCAGACGUGGGCGAGCGGUUUGCUGAUGUCAACGUUGUGAACAGAGUGCCCCAUUGUGGCAGUGGGGUUAUGGUAUGGGCAGGCAUAAGCUGCGGAUAACAAACACAAGUGCAUCGAUGGCAAUUUGAAUGCACAGAGAUACCGUGACGAGAUUCUGAGGCCCAUUGUUGUGCAAUUCAUACACCGCCAUCACCUCAUGUUUCAGCAUGAUAAUGCAAGGCCCUAUGUCGCAAGGAUCUGUACACAAUUCCUGGAAGCUGAAAAUGUCCCAGUUCUUCCAUGGCCUGCAUACUCACCAGACAUGUCACCCACAGGCGACAAUCAACAGCCUGAUCAACUCUGUGAAGGAGAUGUGUUGCGCUGCAUGAGGCAGAUGGUGGUCACACCAGAUACUGACUGCUUUUCUCAUCCAGGCCCCCUACCUUUUUUUAAGGUACCUGUGACGAACAGAUGCAUAUCUGUAUUCCCAGACGUGUGAAAUCCAUAGAUUAGGGCCUAAUUAAUUUAAUUAAAUUUACUGAUGUCCUUAUAUAAACUGUAACACAGUAAAAUCUUUGAAAUUGUUGCAUGUUGUGUUUAUAUUUUUGUUCAGUGUAUAAAUGCCCUUUAUCCCUGUCUCAACCCUACCUGUACAUGUCGUCCCUUAUCCCUCCUUUCUCUCCUCUCCUCUCUCCCACCUCCCCAUCUCCAUGCAGGCGGUGAGGUUGGAGUCAGUGAGUCCAGUCCGGGUGCGUUAUCUGAUCGUAGUCUCCACCUUCAGUAACAAACAGGAGAGCAUUCUACUGGGGAUGGACUUCCCCGACACAGACAGGUGUGUGCUGUUGUCAUUGUUUCAGUAGAGGUGUACAGUGGUUGCUGUGGUUACCUUAGACCCUUUGCUGGGCAGUAUUCCGUAUUUUACGAUAUACCGGUACUGAUGCACGGACCGGUUUGGGUUUUUACUUUGCCUUCUAUAACGGUAUUUGAAUGUUUUGGUUUGUUAAAUGUGAUACGCCGUGUGUAACGUCCAUUUUUAUAGUUUACUUCGCUACUUGAGUCAUCUCUCUCCGCGCUUUCUCUCUCUCCAUGCCGCUUUCCACACAGACCUAGCCCCGCCCCCUGUCACUCAAGGAGCGCAUUUGUUGUUCCUCGACCACGAGACACUUGCUUUCAGUCUGCAUGGUAAAUGCAGCACAUGCAACAAUGUACAACGAUGCUGUUUUCACUUACUACUUAAUAUAAAUCCUCUAGCGUUCUAUAAUUACACUUAGUUUGUGUUUCUUACAUCUGCAAACAGCGUGUUUGGCUUUUCUUAGCAAGUUGGGCCUAAAUCUUGUUCGCCACUAAUUGCUAGUUAGCUAGCUAGCGAACUAAUAAAUGUACUAAGUCAGAGCAAACGUAACUAGCUAUACAGCCUGAUAAUACCAGUGAGGGUGUAGACCUAAAUCAGCAUGUUGUUUGUACAAUAGUAUCUUCUAAAUCAAAGAAGAAUAUGCAAAGCAUUAAUAUGUUAGCUACAUAACGUAGCUAAGAGAACAUUCAAUGUAGCCAAAGAUUAUAGCGUCCCCUAGGAAACACUUAUCAACACUUUGGUUCCUACCCUGUCACAAUAACUCCUACCUGGCAUUUUCAUUCAUUGUCAUGUCAAACAACACUGUAUUCAAAGUGCCCACUAUUAUAUUUUAACUAUAGAAUUAGAAUAAUCAUUCUAUUUCCGUAAUUCCAAUAGUUAACCCAAGUGUUAUUGCUCUAAAGUGCAACAUUUGGUUAAAAAUAAGGCCUAGAUUGUUUGCCCAUAUCGUGCAGCCCUACGUGGCAGUGUGGAAAUGAUGUCAAAUGAGUGCAGGAAAUGCAGAAAUUGUUGAAAAUGCAAAUAAUUAUUUGAACAGUGUAAAACAAUCAGUAUGGAGAAAGACCCAUUGAAAUCACUUAGAAUGUAUGUGUUGCCACCCUAGGGUCACGCACUACUCAUAAAGCACAUUUAGAACUUGUAUUAUUAAAAAACAUAAAAUACUGUCAUACCGUUCAAUUUGGCCAUAUCGCCCAGCCCUACCUUAGACCAGUCUAGAGAAUGACUUACGUUGAUAGAAAAUAAAUCUAGUAAAUGUUGCCAAACAAAGAGAAAUGAAUGAAAACAAUCUGUCUCUGUUUCUUUCAGUGGUCAGUGUACUAUCGGUCUGGUUGUGCCGAUAUGGAGCGACACACAAGUGUAUCUGGACGGAGAUGGGUAAGCGUUAAAAACGUGUUGUUGUGAGUGAAAGAGAAAGAUGGAGGGAUGAACUGAAAGAGUGCAGGAGUCAAAUGAGGAAACUAGGAAGUAGCUUGCUGAGCCUUUGCCACAGCACGGUUGGCCUGGCAUCUUGGUGGCUGGGCAGACAUAGUAAUACCAAUGAGUAAUCUCUCUCUGUUUAUGUACUUGGAUUAUUCUCAAUUUGUUUAUGUCACUAUGUCACCCCUUAGGUCAACACUUAAAACAUCUGCAUUCACUGCAUAAGUACUUUCUAAUAAAAUCCAAUAACAUUUUAUUUGUCACAUGUGCCGAAUACAACAAUUGUGGACUUUACAGUGAAAUGCUCACUUAUGAGCCCUUUCCCAACAAUGCAGUUAAAAAGUAAGAAAUUUAACAAAUAGAUCAAAAGAAAAGUAAUAAAAUAACAACAAUGCUGUAUACAAGGAGUACCGGUACCGAGUUAGUGUACUGGGGUACGAGGUAGUUAGGGUGAUUGAUUGAUUUAAGGUAAUAUGUACCUGUAUGUUUGGUUAGGUGACUGAUUUAAGUACUAUGGAAAUGUAGGUAGGGGGUGAGAAAUAGAAAGUCCAGGUAGCAGUCUUAUGGCUUUGGGGUAGAUGUUCAGGAACCUUUUGGUCCCAGACUUGGCGCUCCGGUACCGCUUGCUGUACGUUGCAGAGAGAACAGACUGUGACUUGGGUGGCUGGAGUCUUUGACCCUUUUUAGGACCUUCCUUUGACACCACCUGGUAUAGAGGUCUUGGAUGGCAGGGAGCUCGGCCCCAGUGAUGUACUGGGCCAUACGCAAGCAGUUGCCAUACAAAGCGGUGAUGCAGCCUGUCAAGAUGCUCUCAAUUGUGCAGCUGUAUAACUUUUUGAGGAUCUGAGGGCCCAUGCCAAACCUUUUCAGCCUCCUGAGGUGUAUGAGGUGUUGUCGUGCCCUCUUCAUGACUGUGUUGGUGUUUUUGGACCAUGAUUGGUCCUUAGUGAUGUGGAUACCAAGGAACUUGAAGCUCUCGACCGUCUCCACUACAGCCCUGUCGAUGUGAAUGGGGGCGUGCUCGGCCCUCUGUUUCCUGUAGUCCACGAUCAGCUCCUUUUGUCUUGCUGACAUUGAGGGAGAAGUUGUGGAUCUGUUGGGGCAGUAUGCAAAUUGGAGUAGGUCCAAAGUGUCUGGGAUGAUGGUGUUGAUGUGAGCCAUGACCAGCCUUUCAAAGCAUUUCAUGGCUACUGAUGUGAGUACUACAUCAGUCAUUUAGGUUACCAUGGCGUUCUUGGGCACAGGGACUAUGGUGGUCUGCUUGAAACGUGGGUUAUUAGACUGGGUCAGGGAGAAGUUGAAAAUGUCAGUGAAGACACCUUGCUAGCUGGUCAGCGCAUGCUCCGAGUACGCGUCUGUUUAUAGUUCGUCGGAGGGCGUAGCAAGAUUUUUUUAUAAGGGUCCGGAUUUGUGUUACGCUCCUUGAAAGCGGCAGCUCUAGCCUUUAGCUCAGUGCGGAUGUUGCCUGUAAUCCAUGGCUUCUGGUUGGGAUAUGUACGUUCGGUCAUUGUGGGGACUACGUCAUCGAUGCACUUAUUAAUGAAGCCGGUGACUGAUGUGGUAAACUCCUCAAUGCCGUCAGAUGAAUCCCGUAACAUUUUACAUUCUGUGCUAGUGAAACAGUCCUGUAGCUUAGCGGCCGCUUCAUCGGACCAUUUCCGUAUUGAGCACAUCACUGGUACUUCCUUUUUGAGUUUUUGCUUGUAAGCAGGAAUUAAGAGGAUGGAGUUAUGGUCAGAUUAUGGCCAAAUCCAGGUUAGUAAUCGCUGUAUUGAUGUCCAGAAGCUCUUUUCGGUCAUAUGAAACGAUGGCCUAAACAUUAUGUAAAAAUAAAAAGCACAGUUGGCCAGGAGCCUGUAAAACGGUGGCCAUCCCCUCCGGCGCCAUUAUUUCAAUAGUUUGUUCACAAUGUGUUUAAGCGUUGACUGUAAAGUUUAUGUAGAGCUUUUGGCUGUUCUGGUGUGUGGUGGGAAUGUGUUGCUUCGUUGACCUGGGUGUGCAGCAGUGUUGCCUCAAGGGAGAAGAUUCCGUUUACCACAGAUCUAGGAUCAGAUUACUCCACCUCCAAUCUUAACCAGGAGUAAGAAACCGCAUUCAAUUGAUGUUGUAGCCCUGUCUUGUUCUGUGUAGCGGUAAUAGGGUUCACAUGCUGUCUCUGUGAAGUGUCUCUGUCACACCACGACUCUCACACCCACUGACUGGGUGUCUGCCAUUAGCAGGAUCAUACCUUCACACUGCAAUGAUGCUAUCUCUCUCCCUCUCUCUUUCACACACACACCAUCCAUCUGUGUUGCACUCUUUCUCUCUCAAUCACCCUCCCUUUUUAUUUUUUCUCACCUUCUCAGUGGUUUCAGUGUCACGUCUGCAGAAAAGACGAGAAUCUUCAAGCCUGUUUCCAUACAGACUAUGUGGUAGGUUUUAUUCCAACCUGUUUCCAUACAGACUGUGGUAGGUUUUAUUCAAUUCUGUUUCCAUACAGACUGUGGUAGGUUUUAUUCAAUUCUGUUUCCAUACAGACUGUGGUAGGUUUUAUUCCAACCUGUUUCCAUACAGACUGUGGUAGGUUUUAUUCCAACCUGUUUCCAUACAGACUGUGGUAGGUUUUAUUCAAGCUUGUUUCCAUACAGACUGUGUGGUGGGCUGGAUAUUGUUGACAAAUACAGUAAACACACACACACACACACACACGAUACUCCCUUUCAGUACUGUAAUAGGAUGACCUAAAACCUCUACGCUUUCAUCCAUAAUGGCCUUUAGUCUUUUUCACUGUGUAGACCCUGAUGUGUGUCUCCGCUGUCCCCAGGUCAGUGCUGCAGGCACUCCAUGGCUGCUGUGAGCGGGCGGUGAAGGGGGCAGUGAUCCCAGGCUGUGGACUGGACUGGGCCCAACACUACUACGGUCAUGUGGAGUCUGACCGCUUCUGUCUCAACGAGUGGGGAGCCAUGACGGGCCUGGAGUCACUCAGGAGGGACAGCGCCGGGCAGAGGUGUGUGUGUGUGUGUGUGUGUGUGUAUGUCGGCUAGAUGUGGAAGGGGAAGCAGGUAGUCAUACUCUGUCUCUCUCUGUCUUGUCUGUAUGCAGCUCGACAGAUAGGGUGUCUGUGGAGCGGCAGAUCAAAGAGGAGCUCAGAGACAUCAUGAGAACAGAAGACCUAGAGAAUAUCACCUCCAAACAGGUACCACAAAGAUGUAAUAUAAUACAUUUAAAAAAAGCACUUUUCAUGAAAUAAGCCCAAUACUUGGCAAGGUCACAGGCGAAGGCGAUAGCUGCCUCAAGUGGCUGAAAUGCAACCGAAGUGGAAGUAGAUCACUUGAUAGAAUUGAUCAUAAUCGAUAUGGUAAUAUACAGGGAGUCUGUCUACAGUCUAUGACCGAAAUGACUUGUAGAGUCUGUGUCCGUAUCUAUGACACUUUACCUGUAACACAAGCCAUUUAAACCGGCCAAGUCAGAACCAGAGCUCAAAAGCUCAUUUUAACCUCAUGGACGGAUUGAAUGCUCAUUGGGAGCAAAUAUGGCGUUGCGUUGUUCAGUUGGCCAUCCUGCUCCUGUCUCCGUCCCCAGGUCCGCAGUGCCCUGGAGACCAGGAUAGGCAUGGACAUGAAGAACUACAAGGAAUACAUUGACAACGAGAUGAUGGUCACCAUGGCGCAGAUGGACAAGCCCUCCAAAAUAUUUGACUACUUGUUCCUGGUGAGUCCCAUCUGACCCUUAACAAUGUCACCUUCGACCUAUGCCACACAGCAGUAGCCCCUAACCACAGAUCUGAUCGGCUUACCCAAUCCCAAAUCCUAACCUUGAUCAUGUGGAGCGGUAUGGGUUACCUUUACAACAAGUCCCGUGACACUUGUGGGGGUCGUAGAUUGGUCAUAUUAAUUUGUAGGCCAAACCGUUCGAAAUGCUACAGACAUUUUUGUGAGAAGACCGAUUUUCAGGAUGCCUCCUGGUCUGAUAAACAGCGCUGUAGCUCUGCCACUUUCCACUGCAGAUGCGGAAGGGCGACAUAGGCGGAUGCGGUGGAUUGAGACUCAACCCAUACAAAAAAAACUCUAGUUUAAACUGACGGAUUUUGUUGGUUAUUUUUUUAUUAUGUUACUUAGAUGGACUCUAGGGGAUUUAAGUUGUAAAGACAUCUCCCCGGGGAUGAUCAUCACAGGAAGUGUACUGUAGCCAAGAGUUGGUCACGACUCCAGCCUAGUGUUUACAGCUGGUGAAUAGAAAGCUCUGGCCCUCUCCUCUCCAGGCUGGUGAAUAAGGCUCGGUCUCUCUCUCUCUCUCUCUCUCUCUCUGUGUGUGUCUUUUGAGGGCUCUGAGUGGAAUGCUGCCAACUUUGAGGAGCUACAGAAAAACAAGUAAACUUUUCAUUUACUGCCAUGUGUGUUUGUACGCUUGUUAUUGACGUAUGGAAGGUGCGUAAGCAAAUGAGCAAGCCAAUGUGUUGUGUUGUUGCUGGGUAACUAAGUGUCUGCCAAUGACAUUGCAGUGUGGGCUACAUCCUGAACGUGACGCGGGAGAUCGACAACUUUUUCCCAGAAUCCUUCAGCUACAUGAACAUCAGAGUGUACGACGUGGAGGCUACAGACCUGCUGUCACACUGGAAAGACACAUACACCUUCAUCAACACAGCCAGGUAGUCUCACCCUCCUCUUCCUCCUCUCACUCGUAGACCUUCUCCCUGCAUUGCGCUGUAAUGAUAUGGAUUUUAAGUCGAUUUAUGUCUAUUCUAUAAUAUUUUUUACUGUUUGAAUGAUGUGUUAACGAUGUGCCACCCUGAAUAAGCCAGUGAAAGUCUCAAGGAUGACACUGUUCAUUUUAGUCACACAAUGAUGACACAACCCCUUUCUGCCCUCCCAAUAGGCAGAGUGGCCAGGCGGUGCUGGUGCACUGUAAGAUGGGCGUGUCUCGCUCUGGGUCCACAGUGGUGGCCUACGCCAUGAAACAGCAGCGCUGGUCCCUGGAAGUGGCUCUGUCCUACGUCAGGGACCGCAGGCCCAUCGUCCAGCCCAACGACGGCUUCAUGAAGCAGCUCCACACCUACAGCGGCAUCCUCAACGCCAGGUUAAUUAACGCGCGUGUGUGUGUCCCCGAGUGGCGCAGUGGUCUAAGGCACUGCAGCGCAGUGCUAGCUGUGCCACUAGAGAUCCUGGUUCGAAUCCAGGCUCUGUCGUAACCGGCCGCGACCGGGAGACCCAUGGGGCGGCGCACAAUUGGCCCAACGUCGUCCAGGGUAGGGGAGGGAAUGGCCGGCAGGGGUGUAGCUCAGUUGGUAGAGCAUGGCGUUUGCAACGCCAGGGUUGUGGGUUUGAUUCCCACGGGGGGCCAGUAUAAAAAAAAUUAUGUAUGCACUCACUAACUGUAAGUCGCUCUGGAUAAGAGCGUCUGCUAAAUGACUAAAAUGUAAAUGUCAAUGUUAACGUCACCUGUAUGUUUACUGUACCCUACAUUCCAGUCAGCAGCGCCAUAGCGCUCUCUGGAGGUGGAAGUCACGGGCAGAGAAGGAGCAGAGGAAGAUUGAGAGAGAGCAGUCUGCUGCUUCACACAGCAAUGAGGAGGAGGAGGAGGAGGAGGAGGAGGAGAGCGAGGAGGAGGAGGAAGAGUUGGAGAGUCUGGAUGAAGUUGAUGAGGCAGAUAAAGAGAUGGUUAGGAAAUAUUUAUGAUUAGGAUGAUAUUGUCAAGAUCUGGAUUAAUUAUAUUUUGUGGCAAUUUAUUAUAUUUGAAUUAUUUGAAGCAAUCAUAAAUCUCUCUCAAUCUCUCUCUUGACCAGGUAUUUGAAGAGCCUGCCCACAAGUCUGAGACUGACCCAGAAGCUCCAUCCAUGGAACAGGCUGCUCUAUCCACGGAACCGGCUGCAUCCAAUCCCCUCAUCACUGUACAGGACAGUGACAAGGUGGGCAACCUCUCACAAAUGUAGUGACAUGACAAUACCUUCUCUAACAUUAGAUUACACUGAAUCAAUGUCAAAACCAACCUGUUUAUCAAUCUCUAAUAUCCUCCCUCCCUCCCUUCCACUCUAGGUGACUUCUCACAGCCCCAGUCGCAGUGGCAGGAUGAACCUCUUCUCUCUCAUGCAGUCCAUCAACGAACUGGAAGACGAGGACCUAAGGCAUGAACAGGUAAGAGAAGUAAAAGAUGGGGAAAGAGUGAAAUUCAAGAGCAACAGUUUUUCUUACCCUUUAUCAUUCACUGGCGUAGAUUGCCAACAGUCACCGGAGGUCUCCAGGGCAACGGAGGCGGAGUUAUGGACGGAAAGGCCUCAUGCAUCAGAGGGCCCAUGUGGACGUUUCACCUGAGCCAAGCAGCCUAUCAGGACUCAGAAAACGGGAAGAGGCGGGGCCAAGCAAACCUGAGACCGGGGAAGGAGAUGCCAAGACAAUGGAGGGGCGGUAA